AUGGACCAUAUGGAGCAGUUUCCCUGGAAUUUUGCCAUAAGGAAGUAUGCUGGUAGGGCCCCCACCCUGAGUUCAGGACUUUCUCAUGGGGCCCCUGUCCGCAGGAGCAAGAUGCAGCCUGCCCUGGCCCUCUGGAUACCCUUACUGCUGCUGCUCCUGGUGCUUCCUGGACAGCCUCAGGUACAGCCUCAGAGCCUCAAGGAAGAGUCUACUCCCAGUUCUGUGAACUGUGACCAGAACCAGCCAGUGUAUGAGCUGGUGAAAAGGGUGCCAGGUUCUGUGGAUGAGGAUGGCCUGUGCCAUUGUGUAGUUCACCUGCCCAACAACCUCAUGCCCAUGAAUCAGCUGGAACAGCUACAGAGUAUAACCCAGGUGCUCAUGGACAAGUAUGAUCAGGAGCUAUCCAGGGAGGCCCCAACAUACAACUUGCUGCGCCUGGAGCUAGAGGGAGCACGGGAGUUGGUGACCCAGCUUAUGGCCAAGGAAGGAUGUAGUGAGACUGAGGACCUCCUCUCUCAACUCCAGAGCCAGGUGGCUAAUGCCAGCCUCACACUCAAGCUUCUGGCUGACUCUGACCAGCGCAGCCUCCGUGCUUACCGCCAGGAGGUGGAUGUUCUUGAGGGCCGGCUCAGCGAUUGUGAGAGGGAGAAGUGGCAAGAGGCCUCUGGUCCACCCCUGCCCCCUGGUUCUUGUGCCCACGGAGGCCUCCAGAAAGUCAGCCGACCCCUUGUGGUACAACUCAAUUGGAGAGGCUACUCCCAUAUGGCAGGUGUCUGGGGUCGAGACUCAGCACCUGAUCUAGACUCUUCCCUCUACUGGGUAGCUCCUCUGGGUAAAAAUGGCAGCCUGAUCUUAUUUCAAGAGCAAACUCUUCUCCACCUGGCCCUCAAAAUCCUAGCUUCUUCUGAGGACAGUUUAAAGGAUGAACUUGACCAUACUUAUGCCAUGGACUCAAACAAAGCUGAGUUUGAAUCUCAGUACUUAGAGUACUUUGACUACUACCGGCUGUACAAGUCCUAUGAUGACCUGGUACUGAUGAAGAACUAUGUGGAGAGGACAAUGGGCUACGGUGAUGGCAGCGGUAAUACCGUGUACGAGAACUUCAUGUACUUCAAUUACUAUGGCACACGUGACAUUGCCAAGGUGAAUCUCUCCUCCAACACCCUGGUGCUACGACGCCCAUUGCCCAGUGCGACCUACAACAACCGCUUCUCCUAUGCUGGUGUGUCCUGGAAAGACAUAGAUUUUGCUGGUGAUGAGAAGGGGCUGUGGGUGCUCUAUGCCACUGAGGAGAGCAAGGGAAACUUGGUUGUGAGUCGUCUCAAUACCAGCACCUUAGCAGUGGAGAAAACCUGGCGCACCAGCCGGUACAAGCCAGCCAUGUCAGGAGCCUUCAUGGCCUGUGGAGUGCUCUAUGCCUUACGCCCACUGAGCACCCGCCAAGAAGAGAUCUUCUAUGCUUUUGAUACCACCACUGGGCGGGAGCGCCAUCUCAGCAUCCCGCUGGAUAAGAUGCUGGAAACGCUACAUGGCAUCAAUUACUCCCCCUUGGAUCACAAGCUCUAUGUCUACAAUGAUGGCUACCUGAUCAAUUAUGACCUCAGCUUCCUGGUGCGGAAGCAGAAACAAUCAAAACCACCAGCUUGA